UAAAGACUAGCACAAAAUAGAGCAUAAGUGCCAAUGACCCAAUAUUGUCACUCACCUUAAAAGUGGUUAUUUCUGUACUUCAGCCCACCAAAUAAUAUUGAUCGAUACCGCGAGUCGUCGGAAUUGUUGUCGUCUCAGGUCCAUGGCAACUGGAGGUUGUUCAUCGUCUUCACUUCCUGUUGAUGAAGAAGAUGAGAUACUGAUGCUAUACGGGUCUGAAUCGGGUUGGGUUGAGCCGAAAAGUACCUGUGAUCACCUCGCUUCUUUGUCCUCUGAUCUCACCCACAUUCCAACUCCUGAUACUCCUUGCAACAGGUGCCAACAUCCAGCAGAGAACUGGCUAUGUUUGGGCUGCAAGGAGGUUCUUUGCAGUCGAUUUGUUAAUAAGCACAUGCUCGAGCAUUACAAGCUGAUGGAUCACUCUUUAGCGCUCAGCUUUAGUGAUCUAUCAGUUUGGUGUUUCUCCUGCAAUGCAUAUUUAGAUGCCGAGGUAAUAAAGCCAUUGCAGUCUGUUCAUUUCACUGCCUACGUACUGAAGUUUAAUGAGCCUCCACCUUUACGAGCAAUGGAGUGUAUACAAAUUACGGAUAACAGAGCAGACGGUUCUACUUCUGGGAACUAAUCAUUUUAUCUUCCAUCUGAUACCUGUGAUAUUUGGCUGUUCAAUGAUUAUCUUUAAACUGAUUUGUCCUAUAGGAAAAAAGGUUAGAGAAUAUUAAUUUUGGAUCAUGGCCUCUUUAUCUAGAUAUUGCAACAUUACCCCUUUUUUUCUUUUUAUCUGUGCUUCGUUCCUACACUGGAAGUUCAACAGUUGAUACAUCUAGACUUUACAAAAAUGAUAGGUGUUGCUUUUCCUUCAAA